AUGCCCAUUCACAAUGGCCUCCUGCCCCGCGAGGGUUUGACCGCAGACCCGAUCUUCAGGCUGAUCGGCCGCACUGCGCUGAACCCGGUGGUGCUGCUGCCCUUGCUGCUGCUCGCCAAGUUCACCAAGAAGGGCGAGGACAUGACUAUGCUGCACCCGACAGCCUUCUCCCGCAUCAAGACGCUCUUCUACGCCGGCCUGGCCAGCUGGCUGAGCAGCUAUUACUCGCAGGGCGUGGUCAACAACUGGACCCGCGAUACCUACGACUGGCCGAAGGAGAUCGCCGUCGUGACAGGUGGCGCCGGUGGAAUUGGAGGACAUGUCGCGAGGCUUCUUGUGGAGCGAGGCGUCAAGGUUGCGGUGCUGGAUAUCCAAGCGAUGACGUAUGAAGGAGGACCCAACGUGUAUUACUUCAAGUGCGAUCUCACCUCGCCCGCCGACCUGGCCGAAGUAGCAAAGGAGGUCCGGGCCAAGGUGGGCGAGCCUACCAUCCUGGUAAACAACGCCGGUGUGGCGCGAGGCAAGACGAUCCUCGAGACCAGCGAGAGAGAUCUCAAGUUCACCUUCGACGUCAACACGUUUGCGCAUUUCCACACGGUCAAGGAGUUCCUGCCCUUCAUGGUCAGGAAGAACCACGGCAUGGUCGUCACCGUGACGUCCUACGCCGCCUGGCUCAGCGCGCCGAACAUGGUCGACUACUCGGCCUCCAAGGCCGCCUCUCUAGCCUUCCACGACGGCCUUUCGGCCGAGCUCAAGACGCGGUACAACGCGCCCAAGGUCCGCACCAUCAUCGUCAAUCAGGGCUACACGAAGACAAAGCUCUUCACAGGCUACGACAACCCGGCCCCGCCGUUUAUCGUGCCCAAUCUCGAGCCCGAGUCCGUCGCCGACGCUAUCUGCAAGCAGAUCUUCAGCGGAAAGAGCGGACAGGUCAUCACGCCGUUGUUCGGCCAUUUUCUGCAGUGUCUCCAAGGUCUGCCGCAUUGGUACUCGUAUGGGCUGCGGACCAAGAGCCAGACCAUCAUGACCAAUUUCAGCGGUCGGCAGGUCGUCACGGAUCUGGACAAGCACUAUGAGGACAGGGAGAAGGGUGCUGAGACUGAGGGAAGUACGGUUCUCGUCCCCGAGGCGAAGUGA